AUGAUCAAGAGCACAACAUCUAACGUCCCGACUGUUUCCACUGUACAUAUGCGGCCACGCCGAAUAACCGCAGAAACCAUGCCAGCAGAAGAAGAUUCGCCACCGACCUCCCCCGACACAAAGAUCAAGCCGAAAGAACUCGAAUGUCCCAUCUCCGAAUGCACCAAGCGGUUUACCGGUGAAAGGGGCAUCAGGGGCCAUCUCGCUCUCUACAAAGAACGCUUUCAGGAGUUCGCGUACAACUCCUCGCUCGACCUGAUCUCUAUCUCGUCCGGCGUCAACCGUGAAGAGCUCGAUAACAAGAGGAAGAAAAAGAGGAAGAAGGAGAAGGAUCCACCCGAAAGUGGAAAGGAAAGCUUCGAGUACCUCAGUGCGCACUAUCAAGAAUGGAAAUCGCGAUAUGACGUCCCAAAGAAACCCUUUAAAGAGCGUCACCGCGAAGCUGCCACAAAGUACCGCGUCAACAACAAGGACAAGGUCAGGAAGAUGGUCAAGCUGAGCAAGUUCAGGGCCAAAGCGAAAAGGCAGGGACUCAGUGAUGAGGACGCUGAAACAAAGGCUCAGCAAUGGAUCAAGGAAUGGGAGAGGAAACAGCCCGAUAGGAAGCCUGCUUCCAAAAGGGAAAGUCCUGAAGAUGAUCAGGACGAGCCCUGA